AUGAGGUCCCUCCUCGGUCUUCUUUUUCUUCUUUUCGCCCAACUCUCCACCGCCCUCAAGUUCGACCUGUCUGCCGUCAGUGGAAAGAAUGAACGGUGUAUCCGCAACUUCGUCUUCAAGGACCAGCUGGUGGUUGUCACUGCCAUUGUGAGCGGCAACAAGGGUGAUGGACAGAUGGUAAACAUGCACAUCAAGGAUGCACUGGGCAAUGAGCACGGCCGCCCGAAGGAUAUCGCCGGGGAGGUCCGCCAGGCUUUCACUGCCCCCGCCGACACUGCCUUUGAUGUUUGUUUCGACAACCAGCUCACCACCCGCCACGCUAUCCCCAACCCUUACAAGUCAGUCGAGCUCGAUGUCGAAAUCGGCGCCGACGCCCGCGACUGGUCCAGCAUCCAGGUUCAGGAGAAGCUCAAGCCCGUCGAGACCGACCUCCGCCGCAUCGAGGAGAUGGUCGCCGAGAUCGUCAGCGAGAUGGAGUACCUGCGCGCCCGCGAGCAGAAGCUGCGCGAUACCAAUGAGAGCACGAACGAGCGUGUCAAGUGGUUUGCUUUCGGUACCAUGGGCAUGUUGGUCGGACUGGGCGCUUGGCAGGUGGUCUAUCUGAGGGCGUAUUUCAGCGUGAAGAAGGAUCGCGCGCCGUCGACGGCGCCCCAGCACCGCGAGAACAACACCAACAAGCCGCCCAACCCCAAUGUCCCCAACACGACCUCCACGAUGACCAAGGAUUUCCCCAAGGUCGGCGCCAAGUCCUCGCCGCCGGACCUCGUGGGCGCCGUCGACCCCAACUACAAGCCGGCGGACCCGUAUCCCGGCAAGGUCGAGCACUUCACCGGUGGGCGUGAGGAGACCGGAGCGCAGAAGCCGGAGCUGGGGGUGGGAGAGAUGGAGGGGAUUACCUUCCGCGUUGAGCCGCUUCGGCGGCAGGGCGAGGAUGUGGCGACUAUGCGGGCUAGGCUUUUGUAUCAGAGCAGAAAGCGCGGCAUCCUCGAGUCCGACCUGCUCCUGUCGACCUUCGCCGAUGUCUACCUGGGCAAGAUGAAUCAGGAGCAGCUGCAGGAGUACGACCGCUUCCUGGACGAGAACGAUUGGGAUAUCUACUACUGGGCUACGCAGGAUCCCCCCGCUGACGGCGGCGAGGAGUCCCCUUCGUCAACGGCCCAGGGUGCCCAGGAUACCGUCACCGAAACCUGGAAGCAGACUGGGGCCAAGAGCGGCGAGUGGGCGCAGACCGUUGGCGCCUACAAGGCUGCAUACCGGCCCGUGCCGUCGCGGUGGAAGAACUCCGAUGUGCUGGAGUUGCUUCGCGCGCAUGUGCGGGAUAAUAGCGCCACGGGCUUCCAGGCGGCGAAGAGUAAGAAGACUGGCGGUGGUGCUGGGUUGGGCCGGAUGCCUAAUGGUUGGGCGAGCCGCACAACAACCAGCCGGGCGGGCACGCUAAGUCAAGGACAAUUGCUCCGCCCGCGUUCAUCCCUCUCUCCUCAUCGUCACCCAGACUCCAACAUGGCUGAGCAACUGGUCCUCCGCGGUACCCUCGAGGGUCACAAUGGCUGGGUUACCUCCCUGGCUACCUCUUUGGAGAACCCCAACAUGCUGCUCUCCGCCAGUCGCGACAAGACCCUGAUCAUCUGGAACCUUACUCGCGAUGAGCAGGCCUACGGUUACCCCAAGCGCAGCCUUGAGGGCCACUCUCACAUCGUCUCUGACUGUGUGAUCUCCUCCGACGGUGCCUACGCUCUGUCCUCCUCCUGGGACAAGACCCUCCGCCUGUGGGAGCUCUCCACCGGUGAGACCACCCGCAAGUUCGUCGGCCACACCAACGACGUCCUCUCCGUCUCCUUCUCUGCCGACAACCGCCAGAUUGUCUCCGCUUCCCGUGACCGCUCCAUCAAGCUCUGGAACACCCUCGGUGACUGCAAGUUCACCAUCACCGACAAGGGCCACUCCGAGUGGGUUUCCUGCGUUCGCUUCAGCCCCAACCCCCAGAACCCCGUCAUCGUCUCCGCCGGUUGGGACAAGCUCGUCAAGGUUUGGGAGCUCGCUUCCUGCCGUCUCCAGACCGACCACAUCGGUCACACCGGAUACAUCAACACCGUCACCAUCUCCCCCGAUGGAUCCCUGUGCGCCUCCGGUGGCAAGGACGGUACCACUAUGCUCUGGGACCUCAACGAGUCCAAGCACCUCUACUCCCUCCAGGCCGGUGACGAGAUCCACGCCCUGGUCUUCUCCCCCAACCGCUACUGGCUGUGCGCUGCCACCGCUAGCAGCAUCACCAUCUUCGACCUCGAGAAGAAGAGCAAGGUUGACGAGCUCAAGCCCGAGUUCAUCGAGAAGGGCAAGAAGAGCCGCGAGCCCGAGUGCAUCAGCUUGGCCUGGAGCGCUGAUGGCCAGACUCUGUUCGCUGGUUACACCGACAACAAGAUCCGUGCCUGGGGUGUUAUGUCGCGGGCAUAG